UUCAGGAUGUACAAAUUAUAAAUACCCAGCCUAGUUUGCCCAGGAACAGAGACAAAGAAGUGGUGUUCUCUCGGAUGUCCCUGCAAGACACCAAGGAAACCAGAAAACUCAUCAUGGACACUGCAGGCAAAAUAAUCACAUGCCGGGCAGCCAUUGCCUGGGCAGCAAAUUCUCUUUCAAUUGAGAAAGUACAAGUUGAGCCACCAAAGGCUGGGGAAGUUCGUAUUAAGAUGACUUCUUCGGGGAUCUGCAGUUCUGAUGAUCAUAUACUAAAAGGAUUAUCCCCAGUAAACUUUCCUUUAAUCCCAGGCCAUGAAGGAGCUGGGAUUGUGGAGAGUAUUGGCAAAGGAGUGCGCUCAGUGAAACCAGGAGAUAAAGUCCUCACACUCCCUAUUCCACAGUGUAGAGAAUGCAGUUCCUGCUUGCACCCCAAGGGAAACUUCUGUGAGAAGCAAGAUAUUCUACCUUCCUCUGGAUUGAUGCUGGAUGGGACUAGCAGAUUUACCUGCAAAGGAGAAAAGAUUUAUCACUCUUUUGGCACAAGCACGUUCAGUGAAUAUACUGUUGUGCAUGAGAUUGCAGUGGCAAAAAUAGAUGAUGCUGCUCCCAUGGAUAAAAUUUGUGUCAUAAGCUGUGCAGUGCCUACAGGCUAUGGGGCUGCGGUUCACUCAGCCAAGGUCACUCCUGGUUCUACCUGUGUGAUCUUCGGACUCGGAGGAGUUGGCUUAGCCAUUGUCAUGGGCUGCAAAGCCUCUGGUGCUGCUAGAAUCAUUGGGGUUGACAUUAACGAGGAGAAAUUUCCCUGGGCAAGAGCGUUAGGGGUCACUGAUUGUCUCAACCCUCAGAACCUCAAGAAGCCCGUCCAGGAGGUGGUCAUGGAAAUGACAGGCGUUGGUGUUGACUUUGCCUUUGAGGCCAUCGGACUCCCGGAGACCAUGACUGCUGCUUGGGACUGCUGCCACCUGAGCUAUGGUGUCUGUGUCAUCCUCGGGUGGGCUCCACAAAAUUCGCAGCUUUCCCUUGACGCAACGAAGGUUAUCACUGGACGGACGCUGAAGGGCGUAGCUUUAGGAGGUUAUAAAACCAGAGACUGUGUUCCCCAACUUGUGACUGAUUACUUACGAAAUAAAAUUAAUAUAGGUCCUUUAAUAACCCAUCAGCUGCCUUUUGAACAACUCCACAAAGCUUUUGAGUUGUACCAUGCUGGAAAAACCAUCCGCUGUGUUCUGCUGUUCUGAGAUCCCAGAUGAUGAAAGGUGCGAGGAUAUCCUUGGGAACUUUCUUCUUUUCCUGUUUCAUCUCCCCGAGUGUUAGUGCAAUGGAAAGAAAAGCAUUGGAGAUGGGAAUGCAGUGUGAUUAUUCAAAAUGAAAUAAGUGCAUCCUGAAUGUAAUUAUAAUAAAAUAAACUUCUCAGAGUACA